CCUGGGGACGCUCUCGGGCCCGAGCCGCCGCUCUUCCCGUUUCGAAUCCUCGCGCGCUUCCUUCCUCUCCUUCCCGCUGCCCUCCAUGGGUUUGCCGAAGUGGGAGGGGGUCGUGGAGGGCGUUUCCCCGGUCGCCGCGCGGCGUCAUUCCCAGCAUGCAGUGCGGGCCGCCCCUGCCACAGCCGCCGCUCCUGUCCCUGCAGCCGCCGCCGCUGCCUCUCCGUGCGCUGCCGUCACUUUCGCAGCUGUUGCCGCCGCCGCCGCCGCUCCGGGGCUGCAAGACAUGGCGGAGGGAGGCGCGGCGGAUCUGGAGACCCAGCGCUCGGACAUCGCGUCGCUGCUCAAGACGGCUCUCCGCAAGGGCGACACCUGGUAUUUAGUGGAUAGUCGUUGGUUCAAACAGUGGAAAAAGUAUGUUGGAUUUGACAGCUGGGACAAAUAUCAAAUGGGAGAUCAGAAUGUUUAUCCUGGUCCUAUUGAUAAUUCUGGACUUCUCAAAGAUGGGGAUUGUCAAUCUCUUAAAGAGCAUCUUAUUGAUGAGCUGGACUACAUUCUUUUACCAACUGAAGGAUGGAACAAACUAGUUAGCUGGUAUACUCUUCUGGAAGGUCAAGAACCUAUUGCACGCAAGGUAGUUGAACAGGGUAUGUUUGUCAAGCACUGCAAGGUGGAAGUUUAUUUGACAGAAUUGAAAUUAUGUGAAAAUGGAAAUAUGAACAAUGUAGUGACACGAAGAUUUAGUAAAGCUGAUACAAUAGAUACAAUUGAAAAAGAGAUAAGGAAAACAUUCAGUAUUCCAGAUGAAAAAGAAACAAGAUUGUGGAACAAAUAUAUGAGUAAUACCUUUGAACCUUUGAAUAAACCAGACAGUACCAUACAGGAUGCUGGCUUAUACCAGGGACAGGUAUUAGUGAUAGAACAAAAAAAUGAAGAUGGAACAUGGCCUAGAGGUCCUUCAGCUCCAAACAUGAAAAAUUCAAACUACUGCCUUCCUUCAUACACUGCUUAUAAAAAUUAUGACUACUCAGAACCAGGAAGACACAAUGAACAGCCCGGUCUUUGUGGUCUAAGUAAUUUGGGAAAUACGUGUUUCAUGAAUUCAGCAAUUCAAUGUCUCAGCAAUACACCUCCACUCACAGAAUAUUUUCUUAAUGAUAAAUAUCAAGAGGAGCUAAACUAUGACAAUCCAUUAGGAAUGAGAGGUGAAAUUGCAAAAUCUUAUGCAGAGCUCAUCAAGCAGAUGUGGUCAGGAAAAUACAGCUAUGUCACUCCAAGAGCUUUUAAGACACAGGUAGGACGAUUUGCACCCCAGUUUUCAGGAUAUCAGCAACAAGAUUGCCAAGAAUUGCUGGCAUUUCUUCUAGAUGGUUUGCAUGAGGAUUUGAAUCGUAUUAGAAAAAAGCCUUAUAUUCAACUAAAAGAUGCUGAUGGAAGACCAGAUAAGGUGGUUGCUGAAGAAGCUUGGGAGAACCAUUUGAAACGAAAUGACUCCAUCAUUGUAGAUAUAUUUCAUGGACUUUUUAAAUCAACCCUAGUUUGUCCAGAAUGUGCCAAGAUCUCUGUAACAUUCGAUCCCUUUUGUUAUUUAACUCUUCCUCUACCUAUGAAAAAAGAACGCAGUUUGGAAGUUUAUUUAGUUAGACUUGAUCCACUUUGUAAACCCAUGCAGUACAAAGUAGUAGUACCAAAAAUUGGAAAUAUACAGGAUCUCUGCAUCGCAUUAUCAACUUUGUCAGGUGUUGCUGCAGAUAAGAUGAUCGUUACUGAUAUAUAUAAUCAUAGGUUUCAUAGAAUAUUUACAAUGGAUGAAAAUCUAACCAGUAUUAUGGAACGUGAUGACAUUUAUGUAUUUGAAAUUGCCAUCAACAGAACUGAAGAUACAGAGCAAGUUGUAAUUCCAGUUUGUUUAAGGGAAAAGUUUCGCCAUAGUGGUUAUAGCCAUCAUAGUGGUUCAACACAUUUUGGACAACCUUUUCUUAUAGCAGUGCCUAGAAAUAACACAGAAGAUAAACUGUAUAAUCUUCUGCUAUUAAGAAUGUGUCGAUAUGUGAAAACCUCUGUUGAAACAGAAGACACUGAAGCAUCUCUCCAGUGCUGCAAGAACAAUAGCAUCAAUGGUAAUGGUCCAAAUGGAAUUCAUGAAGAAGGAUCUCCAAGUGAAAUGGAAACUGAUGAACAAGAUGAUGAAUCUAGCCAGGAUCAAGAACUACCAUCUGAAAAUGAAAACAGUCAGUCUGAAGAUUCUGUGGGAGGUGAUAAUGAUUCUGAAAAUGGAUUAUGUACAGAGGAUUCCUGUAAGGAUCAAGUUAUAGGGCACAAAAAACGAUUGUUCACAUUCCAAUUCAACAGCUUAGGCAAUACAGACAUCAAUUAUGUCAAAGAUGAUACCAGGCAUAUACGAUUUGAUGACAGACAACUUCGACUAGAUGAAAGAUCUUUUUUGGCUUUGGAUUGGGAUCCUGAAUUCAAGAAGAGAUACUUUGAUGAAAAUGCUGCUGAGGAUUUUGAAAAACAUGAAAGUGUGGAAUAUAGACCUCCCAAAAAACCAUUUGUGAAGUUAAAAGAUUGCAUUGAGUUAUUUACAACUAAGGAAAAGUUGGGUGCUGAAGAUCCAUGGUAUUGCCCAAACUGUAAAGAACAUCAGCAAGCUACCAAGAAACUAGAUUUGUGGUCACUACCGCCAGUACUGGUGGUGCAUCUAAAACGUUUUUCUUAUAGCAGAUACAUGAGAGAUAAAUUGGAUACAUUGGUUGACUUCCCAAUAAAUGAUUUGGAUAUGUCCGAAUUCCUAAUUAAUCCAAAUGCUGGACCGUGUCGCUAUAAUUUGAUUGCAGUGUCAAAUCACUAUGGAGGCAUGGGAGGAGGGCAUUAUACUGCUUUUGCAAAAAAUAAAGAUGAUGGGAAGUGGUACUACUUUGAUGAUAGCAGUGUGUCAACUGCAUCCGAAGAACAAAUUGUGUCCAAAGCAGCUUAUGUGCUCUUCUAUCAGAGACAAGACACAAUCAGUGGAACUGGUUUUUUUCCUCUUGAUCGGGAAACUAAACAAGGUGCUUCUGCUGCUACAGGCAUUCCAUUAGAGAGUGAUGAAGACAGUAAUGAGAAUGACAAUGAUAUAGAGAAUGAAAAUUGUAUGCACACUAAUUAAUCGAAGAACUAGAAGCCAUACAGAGAAGAACUUCCUGAUGGGAGCUCUCGAUUUAAAAAAAUGAAAUUAUCCACCAAAUUAAAAAUAAAAUCUGAGAUGGGAAAUUUCAGAUGACAGAAUGUAAAUCCUUGUUACAUUUUAACUUGUGCAGUACCUGAAGUGAAACACAAUGAAAACAUUAGAAUUUGUCUCUAAUAUCUUUGCAAUCUUGUAUUUACAAGCUAUAUAGGAAAUCAAAAUAAAUCCCUUUACAAUUUCUGCUGCAAUCUGGAUGAAUUACAGUUUCUUUGUUUUGGAUGCAAAUUAAUACUGACAAUUUGUGGAUUUGUUCUUUGUCUCAAUACCCCAAGAAUAUUACCGCAAAACCUCCGUUUUUCAAUGGAUAUGUCCUUAAACCAGUAACAAAAACAUUGACUAAUAUAUUCAACUCAAUGCAGCAACAUUCUUGGAAUGUCAGAUUUUCAAGUUUCUCCCUCAAAUGUUUAUUAAAAAGAAACUUAAUCAUGAUAAAAUGACUUGGAAAAGGUGUUUUAACCUUUUGUAAUAAAAGUAAUCUUCCAGAAUAUUAUGUUCAUCUUACUGCUGCUGUGGAACAGGUUCUGGAUUUCAUGCUGCAUUAAGGAAUUGAAUUUUUCAAUUAAAUGUAAGUAUCCCUCAUUGCUUGUUGGAUCUACUUUGUAAACAUAAUCCCUGUUAUCUUGUUUAUAAGAUGUGCGUAACUUUAAUCUGGUGUCAGUCCAAAAAUUUUGACUGUGCUGUAAGUCCCUCUUUCUCCCAAUUUUUAGUAGUUUGACAGUUUGCAAACUACAUACAGUGUAAUAGAUUCCAAUUUUUAAUAGUAUACUGUAUUCAUAGUAAUGACUGUGCAUCAAGCUUAGAUGACUUUUCCAUAUAACUUGCCUUCAAAUUUGUUAAUGGGCAACUGGUUCAAAGGUAGGUCUGCUAAUUUUUCAUGUGCAUUCUUGGUGGAUUCACCAUAGCCUUACAUCUUAUCUCAAAAGAUAACUUUACUUAAUAUAGAAGAAUUGGCAUUUGCAUGUUCAAGAGUCAGAACCUGUACAAUAAGUAGAUAAAGUAUACAUACCUUCAAUUGGGUUUUAAUCGUGUUGAAGGGAUGCCAAAAAUAAGUGUGACUGUUUGAAAUGUUUUUGUUUGCGCUUUCCCUUUGAUAGUUGAAGUAUUGUUAAUACAUACACAAUACUAUCUUUGAUAGAAACUCUCUUAAGUGUGGAGGCACACUUCACAUAUCUACUACCUAAGGUCCCACCAUUGUUAAAGCAAAAAGUAUGAUCUUCACUUGAACUAAGCAAAUACAAUAGGUUAUAAAUUGUGUAUUGUAAACAAAGUUCACUCUGUGAGUGCACAUUUUGGUAAAUUAUUUAUUUAUGUUAGCAUUUAAAAGUUUAAAAUAGCAUUUGACCAGGAUAAAAUUAGGUUUGUGGACAUGGCUUUGCUUUAUACUUUGAUAUUAAAAGCUGGUGUUUAAUCCUGGUAUUUUAAAGCUGCUUUUUUCAAUGUAAGCUAGCCUCCUGCAUGACAGAGGUUAUAAAUUGUCUGCACUUGAGUUCACUUGGGUUUACAUUUGAAAUGCGCAUGUUUUAUUUAUAAAAAUUUCAAUAAAGCUAUUCAACGCCUUA